AUGCCUGUGCCCUGGUUCCUGCUGUCCUUGGCACUGGGUCGCAGCCCCGGGGUCCUCCCUCUGGAGAGGCUUAUAGGGCCUCAGAACACCGCCCACUGCUCUCCGGGCCUCUCCUGCCACCUCUGGGAUGGUGACGUGCUCUGUCUGCCUGGGACCAUCGAGCCCCCUCCAGGCCCUGUGCUGGUGCCUACACGCCUGCAGACAGAGCUGGUGCUGAGGUGCUAUCAUGAGACUGACUGUGACCUCUGUGUGCGUGUGGACGUCCAGUUGGCUGUGCAUGGGCACUGGGCGAAGCCUGAAGAUGAGGAAGAGUUUGGAGGAGCAUCUGAUCCAGAGCCCAGAGAGCCUAGCAACGCUUCUCUGCAGUCCCAAGUCGUGCUCUCCUUCCAGGCCUACCCUACUGCCCGCUGCGUCCUGCUGGAGGUGCAAGUACCUGCGUCCCUCGUGCGGUCUGGUCAGUCUGUGGGCUCUGUAGUAUUUGACUGCUUUGAGGCUGCCCUGGGGGGUGAGGUGCAAAUAUGGUCCUACACUCAGCCCAGAUACCAGAAGGAACUCAACUUCACACAGAAGCUGCCUGACUGCAGGGGGCUCGAAGUCCGGGACAGCAUCCAGAGCUGCUGGGCCCUACCCUGGCUCAACUUGUCUGCAGAUGGCGACAACAUGCGCCUGGUGCUGGAUGUCUCUGAGGAGCAACGCUUCAGCCUCUCCCUGUACUGGGACCAGGUCCAGGGCCCCCCAAAACCCAGGUGGCAAAGAAACAUGACUGGGCCACAGAACUUUACCUUGAACCACACAGAACUGGUUCCCUGCCUCUGCAUUCAGGUGUGGCCCAUGGAGCCCGAUGCCAUCAGGACGAACCUCUGCCCCUUCAGGGAAGACCCCCGCGCGCACCGGAACCUGUGGCGUGCCAGCCGGCUGCAGCUGCUUCCCCCGCUGGGCUGGCGGAUAGAUGCGCCGUGCUCACUGCCCGCAGAGGCGGCACUGUGCUGGCGGGCGCCGGGCGGGGGCCCCUGCCAGCCGCUGGUCCCGCCGCUGCCGCGGGAGAACAUCACUGUGAACAAGGCCUUCGGGUUCCCGUUGCUGAAGGGCCACCCCAACCUCUGUGUCCAGGUGAUCAGCUGGGAGAAGCUGCAGCUGGAAGAGUGCUUAUGGGCUGACUCCCUGGGGCCCCUCAAGGAUGACAUGCUGCUGGUGGAGACACGAGGCCCCCAGGAUAACAGAUCACUCUGUGCCUUGGAACCCAGUGGCUGCACCCCACUUCCCAGCAGGGCCUCCACGAGGGCAGCUCGCCUUGGAGAGCAGCUACUAGGGGACCUGCAGUCAGGCCAGUGUGAGCAGCUAUGGGACGACGGCCUGGGAGUGCUAUGGGCCUGCCCCAUGGACAAAUACAUCCACAAGCGCUGGGCCCUGGUGUGGCUGGCCUGCCUACUCUUUGCCGCUAUGCUGCUUCUCCUUUUCCUUCUCAAAAAGGACCACGUGAAAGAGUGGCUGCAGCUCCUGAAGGAGGACGUCCGCUCGGGGGCGGCCGCCAGGGUUCGCCGGGUUCUACUCCUCUACUCCGCCGACAACGCAGACUUCGAGCGCCUAGCUAGCGUCCUAGCGUCGGUGCUAUGCCAGCUGCCGCUGCGCGUGACUGUGGACCUGUGGAGCCGUCGUGAACUGAGCGCGCAGGGGCCCCUGGCUUGGUUCCACGCGCAGCGGCGCCAGACCCUGCAGGAGGGUGGCGUGGUGGUCCUGCUCUUCUCGCCCGGGGCCGUGGCACUGUGCCGCGAGUGGCUGCAGGAUGGGGCGUCCGCGCCGAGGGCGCACGCCCCACACGACGCCUUCGCCGCCUCGCUCAGCUGUGUGCUGCCCGACUUCUUGCAGGGCCGGGCUCCCGGCCGCUACCUCGGAGCCUGCUUCGACAGGCUGCUCCACCCAGACGCCGUGCCCUCCCUUUUCCGUACCGUGCCCAUCUUCUCACUGCCCACACAGCUGCCUGACUUCUUAGAAGCCCUGCAGGGGCCUGGCGCCCCACGGCCCGGGCGGCUGAGAGAGAGGACGGAGCACGUGUCCCAGGCCCUUCAGAAGGCCCUGGACGGCUGCUUCCCCCUCCCAGGGGUCCCGGGCCCGAGAUGUAGGAUGGGACCUGGGGCGGGGGACUUGACUUGAAU